AUGGUAUUUUCUAUAAGGUUCAGCAUAUACCGCCAACAAAUUAUCUCCUACUAUCACAUAUUUAUGGGCCUAACAUCCUAUUGGUAUUGCAAGGAGCAGGAUAAAUAUGAGCGCAACAUGGGCUCACGACUCUUCCACAUUAUGCUCAAUGUUGUGAGUUUGUUGGUGAUGUGUUUUAAACUUCAGAAUUUUAUAGAAGAAUUUCGAAAGGCUCAAGCCUUGCAUCCGUUAAUAACGCUCCUAUUCGAAAUGAAUAAUAGGCUAAGGAGUUUGCUAGUAGCGCAUACUGUGCUGCAUGUAAUACGUUAUGAUCGGCUAAUAACCUGCAUGAGAAUGGAGCUGCAGGAAUUAAAAAGUCAUUGUCUGAGGGAGAUAACUUUACGCCCCGAUAUCGAAGCAAGAUUUAAAUAUUUAUUUUGGGCAAAAUUAUUGUUCCUCUAUUACAUUUAUAUCAUAUCCUUAGUGAUGACACUCACAACAGCCAACAACGUUUCAAGUAUAUGGCAAAUAAUGAUGAACAUUGCCUUUGUGAACAUCAAUGGACUGUGGUAUUUUGUGUUGUUUCAAUAUUUUGAAAUCAUUUGGAAAAUCUGCUGUCUCUUUUACUACAUAGAACAGCAUGUAUGUCAUAUAGCCCAAGAAGCAGUUGCAACAGCAGUGCCAUUGGAAGGUUUAGCUAGAAAGCUUUACUGGUCAUUGAGAAUGCAUUCGAAAUUAUGUGUAUGUUGGCUGCAACUUCAAAAUGGUUUUAAAUGGCAAAUAUUUCUAAGUCGCCUGGUCAAUGUGACCAGCAAUAGUACAAACAUCUUCUAUGCCUUUGUCUCUUCUGCCUCUAUUUAUCAGUCUUUGCUCAUGUUGACCAUGGGUUCUCUUAGCUAUUUGGUGAUAACAUUGGACUUGUAUAUCAACGAUUAUAUGUGCGAUAUGACUGUAAACAGUUUUGAGGGUCUGCACUUGGCUUUGAAGGAGUUUAAUGGGGUGCAGCAUACUUGGACAGCACUUCAUCUACAGUGCGAAGAGUUCUCCUUAUAUUUGUGCAAUCGCAAGGUUAAUCUGAAACUAGCCGGCGCCUUAAACAUGGAUCGCAAGGCAUGGUUAUCUCUGAUAUCCACUUUGGCCACAUAUUCUAUAGUUUUAAUACAAGUCCAUUUGGCAAAUUUAUAA